UUUUAAAAUAAUAAUUAAGAGAAAUCGAUUUUGUAGCUCUUCCUCUCGUGUUUGUUGUCCUCUUCCCCUCCCAGACCAGACAAGACAAGACAUAAGCUACCUUUUAUCCGAAUACUGGGUUUUCAUUUCUCGUCAUUUCAAAUCAUCGAAACCCUAAUAAAUCUACAUCAGGCUUCAGCGUCCUUUGUCGAGUUUGCUCCCUUGUUUCAGAUAAAGGUUCAUGUCAGAUCUUGAAGUUCAAGUCCCCACUGCCUUUGAUCCGUUUGCUGAUGCAAAUGCUGAGGACGCUGGAGCUGGAGCUGGAACAAAGGAAUACGUGCACAUACGUGUUCAGCAGCGUAAUGGUAGAAAAAGCCUGACCACUGUCCAGGGCCUUAAGAAAGAGUACAGCUAUACCAAGAUCCUCAAAGACCUCAAGAAAGAGUUUUGCUGCAAUGGCACUGUCGUCCAAGACUCUGAGCUAGGACAGGUUAUUCAGCUUCAAGGUGAUCAGAGGAAGAACGUGUCCACCUUCCUUGUUCAGGCUGGUCUUGUGAAGAAGGAUAACAUCAAGAUCCAUGGUUUUUGAGCAAAUUCUAGAUACUUGUUGUUCAUCUUUGCACAACAUCUUCAGUUUGCAGCAUCAAUCAGCCACUACUAUUAACUAUCACUUAUGUAUUAAUUAUUAAUGUUCUGAUAUAUAUAUUCUGUUUAAAAAAAAAUCAAGUGGUUUGCUUAUGAGUGUAUUGAAAAAAUGUAUGAACUUUUCAUUUGCGUUUGUAGUGUGAGAUCAUCAAUAAAACUUGCUCCGAUUUGUGAA